GCACAGCUUAUUUAUUAAAUGAUGCAGUGAACCCAGAAAGCGCCAAAGUUAUCCGCGGUUUAGAAUGGUUUAAUAGUGUUCAUGGUGUUAAAGAUUCUUAGACUCUAUCAAUGUCUCCAAGAAAAAAUGUUUUAACCAUGUUUUCUCCCCAAAUUUCAAAACUACGAAACCUUAACGCAUGACUCGUAAGGCUUUCCAAUCCUCAAUUCCCAAAAUCCAAAAUCUUUUUAAACAUAUUUCAGACCCACAAAAAACCCCUCUCUUUCACCUUCUUUCCUGGAACUUCCUUAACCAAUUAGAAUAGACCACCUCGCCGCUGCAAAUUCACAAACAUAGCCUUUUUGUAUUUUUCGGAGCAAUUCACGAACCCACCACAAAUCAGCUUUUUUUUUUUUUUUGGUCAAUUCCUUAUUUAAAAAAUCCUGUCUUUUGCACUGUUAAUUGUCAGAAAUGGACAGCUCCAAUCGACCGCUUUCUUAUCAGGCCGAUGUUAAUUCACCACUCCUCGGCUACUCUGCAGCUGACAACCUCCUUCGGAGCCGCCGGUUCGUGCGCCGUCCCACUCAGCAUCUGCGCGGCGCUGCUCGGUUACUCCGCCGCGCUAGUGGCCGCCGCAUGAUGCUCCGGGAACCCUCUGUUCGGGUCCGAGAGACUGCGGCCGAGCAGCUGGAGGAGCGCCAGAGCGACUGGGCCUACUCGAAGCCCGUGGUGGUUCUGGACGUGCUGUGGAACGCUGCUUUUGUGGGGGUUGGGAUCGCUGUGCUGUGUUUGAGUGCCGAUGAAGAGCCCUCGGUGCCGCUGAGGCUUUGGAUUUCUGGGUACGCGUUGCAGUGCGUGUUCCACAUGGUGUGUGUGGCUGUGGAAUACAAGCGCCGGCAACGAGACGAGUCUACUGGGGUGGUCGAGUCGGAGGAGGAGGCGAGUCGUGGUGCUCGUGGGUGGGAAAGUGGUGGUGGCGCUUUGAAUUCUGGGUCUGGGAGUGACGGAGAAGAAUAUGCGUCUGAGGAGGGUCAGGAGGACGAUAAUGGAACCAGUAUUGCAAAACACCUCGAGUCUGCAAACACGAUGUUUUCAUUUAUGUGGUGGAUGCUUGGGUUCUACUGGGUGAGUGCUUGCGGUGAAGAUUUGCAACGUGAUUCGCCGCAGCUAUACUGGCUUUGUAUUAUUUUUCUUGCUCUGGAUGUGGUCUUUGUCGUGUUGUGCAUUGCUGUCGCAGGCUUAGUUGGUAUUGCCGUCUGCUGCUUUCUUCCGUGCAUAAUUGCAAUCUUAUAUGUGGUAACAGAUCAGGAAGGAGCAACAAGAGAAGAGAUUGAUCAAGUGCCAAAAUUCAAGUAUCGCAAGAUAUCCGAUGUGGAAAAAGUUAAUGGAGAGUUGCAAGAAUCUAUUGGAGGAAUAAUGACUGAAUGUGACACUGAUAGGCCCAAUGAACGUGUUCUUCCUCAAGAAGAUGCUGAGUGCUGCAUCUGCUUGUCUGAAUAUGAAGAUGGCACUGAACUACGUGAACUUCCAUGCCAUCACCAUUUCCACUGCACCUGCAUAGACAAGUGGUUACAAAUCAAUGCCACCUGCCCCCUGUGCAAGUUCAACAUUUUAAAAGCCAGCAAUCAAAUUGGCAGGGAAGUGGUAUAGAAAAAGUACAGAAAUGCCAAAUUUUGGAGACUGCCAAUGCAUGUAGUUCGUGGUUGUGUACAUAUUGGAUAGAGUCCAUUUCUAAGAGUCUGUACGUUUUAUCCACUAUGACACUUACAGGGUUGUAUUUAGUAUCAUUUUUUUUUGUAUGUACGAGCUUAGUAUAGAUGCAGUCUGUACUUUGUAUGUAUUUUGGUUUUAUGUGAAAAAUGAAAUGGCUUAGUUUGGCGUCGGUUAUUUAUGAAA